AUGCAGCGCGCGCUGCCGCUUCUCCACGGACAGAUCAGUUUCUCCACAGCCCUAGCCGACGAUGACAAUGUCCUCCAAGAGCUCUCCUAUCCCGAACGGCGACUCGAGUUCUAUAUAUAUCUUUACCAGAACCGCACCGUCAUCGAGUCGAUCGUGUCGUAUCACAUGAACCUAAACAAAAAGCAGACAUGCCGUGUCGGGGAAGUCAAAGAGUGGAUUGCCGGGAGCUUCAACGUGUGCAUACCAGUUGACAUUGACGGGCAGAAUGAUAAUGCACCCAAAGGGCUCUCAUUAGAUUUCCUUUACCAUACAAGGUCGGGGAGAUUCAAUACCCAGGAAAUGCAGACGAGAAGCUUCGCUGCGAGGCUGCAACCUUUAUCUGGAUUCGGCAGAACUGUCCUUCUAUACCAAUACCUCAAUUAUGGGGUUUUGCGUUUGCGCAAGGACCAUUUCACCGUGAUUGAGCAAACCCCCUUCUUCAGCCGACUGAAAUGGUAUAUUCACCGUGUAGUAUCGUCUGUUUUCGGGUAUCCGCUCCGACUACCUUACUUAAGUCGAAAUUGCCCUGUUAACCUGACAGUCGGAUAUCUUAUCAUGGAUCACGUCGGAAGUACCGAUACUAUGAUGCUUUCUGAAUCUUGGGAUAAGCUACGCCACGACCAAAAGCGUAGUACCAACCUUUUUCGCGGGCUGAGUCAAAUUAUCCUAUCCUUAGCUCAGUCUCCUUUUGAUCGCAUCGGAUCUCUAACGAUCGACAAUCAGGGGUUUAUAAAACAUACCAAUCGCCCUCUAACGCUCCGUCUCCACCAUCUAGAGAACGAGUCUGUUCCCACCAACAUGGACAGGGACCUUACAUAUUCAACAAGCGAUAGCUACUUUAUGGACUUGCUAUCCUAUCACGACAGUCGGUUGCGCCACGCCCCGAAUUCAAUACAGGACAAGGCCGAUGGUGAAGCACAGUUGUCAACACUGACCAUUAUGCGAGCUCUUCUGCCACAUUUCUCCUGCCGCGAUUACCGGCGUGGUCCGUUUAUCAUGACCUUGACGGAUCUACAUCAAAGUAACCUCUUUGUCGACAGUGACUGGAACAUUAAGUCCCUCGUCGAUCUAGAGUGGACAUGUUCACUACCGGUUGAGAUGCUCCAUCCGCCCUACUGGCUCACUAGUCGUGGGGUGGACCAAUUAUACAAUGGAGAGCAUCUCGAUGCUUUCAGCAAAGUUCAUGCCGAAUUCAUGAAUGUCUUCGAGGAGGAAGAACAGGCUCAUGCUCGGGCGGGGAAUAAAACCUCCGGUCUCACAAGUAUCAUGAGGAAAGGCUUGGAAACUGGGAAUUUCUGGUAUUUUCACGCCCUGGAAACUCCCAAAGGUUUAUAUAAUAUCUUCCUAGAGCACAUACAACCCAGGUUCUCGAAACUGAAUGACGCUGGGAUGGUGGAGUUUGAACGGACCAUCUCGCCAUAUUGGACACCGGACAUACAAAAAAUUCCUUGA